AUGUCAUUCUCGCCUUCCAGCGUCGUGGCCUCGCCGGAGGCUUAUACCAAGGCGUUGCUGCACUGCUACAAGUAUCCAGCGCAGCCAGUUAUGGGCAUGCUCGUCGGAAAGCGACUGAACGACGACGCAGGCGCGGCGGCGCAAAGCACUGGAAGCCCCAACAGCACUCACCCCAGCUUGGGCGCCGCCAGCGGAGCGUCUUCUAGCGUGUGCUACGUCUCCGACGCUGUUCCACUUUUCCACACGCUGCCCAUGACGGCGCCACAUCCAAUGCUGGAGGUCGCCUACGCGCAUGUGCAGUACGCCUCCAAGACGACAGGGCAGUCGCUGCUCGGCGUGUACAUCGCGAACGAGCGCCUCAUGGAUAGCUGCAUCUCGCCGGUCACCAAGACGAUGCUGGAGGCACUGCAGGCCCGCAUGCCGUCGAACACGAAGCUACUCGUCUGGUUUGUGUGUAACGAGUACCUCACCUCACCGCCCAUGGGGUUGGCGAUCACGUGCCUGACGGUGGAUCGGUGCUCGUGCAACAAGGCCAUCUCGCUGCCGUCGCAAUCCUCUGUGGAUGAGCUGAUGACGUUUGGCCGCUGGAACUCCGACACACUCGCGCCGGAGGCGACGAUAUCGGAGGAGGGCGUCAUGGAGAGCGUGUCGAAUGCGCUGGACGCUUUCGCGCACUACCGCAUCACCGACCUGGAGGAUCACCUUGAGGAUCCCUCCAUCACCUACCUGGAGCAGCCCCUGAUGGCACUCAUGACGCGCAAGUAA